CCCGUUUGAAAAAGAUUGUUGACAACGGUUUAUGUGCUUGUGCUUUGUUUGUUUUCAAAUUAAUUUUUAUUUUAAAAUAUAGGUACAUAUCAGCAAUGCAUUAGAAACAUAUGAUAACUGUUUGUUUGUUAACAGCUAAUACAUUUAGAAAGUUACAGUUUGUAAAAUGCCGAAGUCAAGGAUUCCGUCGCCGGCACGUUCUCAAAGCGCUGUGGUGACGCCGCGCCGGAGCAAACCUCGAGGUCCACGUAGCGUUGGGUCACCAGCUCGAUCCAACACCUCGGUCAGACUCACAUCCGUCAUACAGAACUUCAAGGAUAAGAAUAUGGACUCCUUUCGCCUGUCCCCACUUAACAGCAGACGCUCAGUAUUAAAUGACAACACUGAUAUUGAGGAACCUAGACGUCGGAGCUGGUGGAGGAAGUUGAAUGACACAUCUAGAGAUAUUCUCGAGGUUUUGGAAAAAGACCAACAAGAACCAGUAUACAACAUCAUGGAGGAAUAUGAUGUUGAGGUUUUGAGCCAAGAAAAAAAGGAUAAACAAGAAACCUUAGAUCUCCCAGACAGCAGUGACAGUGAUUCCAUUAGUAGCAUUGUCAUCCCACAGCGCAAACUCUUUACACAGAAGGAAAACCUAUCAAAAAAUAAGUUCGCUCAAUUUCUCGGCACCAGAGAAUCCAUGGCCAAGAAUAACAAAACAAAUGUUGAAUCUGACAAGAUUGAUAAAACUAUUGUAGCUGGCACUAAAAAGUUGUUUGGUGAGAGUUCAAAACCGAGAUCCAAACCAGCUUUUCCUACUGAAUUACUGACAUUUUCUCCAGAUAAAACUGUAAAUAAGACUAUGGGAGAAGUUAAAGGACAAGUCAGGAACUUGUUUGGCAAUAGAGCUGGUGUUAAAAGGAAGAAUAAAUUUGCUGAUUUCAUUGCUUCUGAAAGUGAAGAGGAACCUGAGAUACAGCCAAAAGUAUUUGGAUUUCAAAAGAAACAUGAUUUACCCAGUAGAAGAGUUAGUACUGCAUCUAGCGUAACCACCGACAUAGAUAUGGACGACUGGAAACUUCUACCAUCUUCAACAAUGGUACAAACCCAACUUGAAGCUAUGAUGGUAGACUCACCAGUGAAAAAGGCUAGACUAAGCAAAUUAUCUGAAGGAAAAGAGUUUGAAACUGCCACAAACAGCACUGGUAUUACUAACAGAACCAAACAAUCAAAUAAAUCUGUUUUAUCUAAAAAUAAAUCUAAAUUGUCAGUUUCAAAAAAUUCUAAUAAAUCGAAAAUAGUACCCGAAGUUAAUACAAGCAUAGAAAAAUCUGUGAGACAUGAUACUGCAACAAGAAAUGAUGAAGAAAAUAUAGUGUCAGAGGCUGGAGAAGAACAAGUAAGAGUGGCUACUGUUGUACAAGAAAGUGUUGAUGCUAAUAUUAAUAAAUUGAUAGGGUCUAAUAAGUCUUCAAUGUCAAACUCAAAGGGAACUUUCAGCAAAUCUAAAACAGCACCCAAUAUUAAGUCCCAUGAAGGGAAUGAAAAUAUAAUAAAACCUAUUUUGAACGAAGUUGUACCCGAGAAAGACAACCUUGAAAUGGAGGUAGAUGAUAAUGAAGAAAUUAAAUUAUCUUUGGCAUAUAGUGAUGAAGAGCAAAUGGAGCAAGAAAAUGCAAAUGUAAGUGAUAAUAACUUGAACAAAUCUAGACAAGACAAAUUAUCUGAAGGAAAAGAAUCCGAAACUACCACAAACAAUACAACUAACAAUACCAAACAGUCAAAUAAAUCUGCUUUAUCUAAAAAUGAAUCUAAUGUGACCAUCUCAAAGAAAAAUAAGUCUAAAAUAGUAUCUGAAGUUAAUGAAAUCUUAGGAAAAUCUACAAAACAUGAAGAUGAAGCUAGAAAUUAUGAAGUAAAUGUCGUAUCAGAGGCUGGACACAUUGUACAAAAAAGUGUUGAUACUGAUAAUAAUAAAUCUAAAAACCAAGAAAUGCAUACAGCAGAAGACAACAGUCAAAAGGAUGAAGAACCAAACAAUGUUCCUGAUAGGGAUCAAAAUACGGAAAAUGAUAAUUCUGAUAAGAACAAGAGUAACAAAUCAAUAUUGUCUCCCUCGAAAGCAACUAUCAAUAAAUCUAAAACGACACCUAAUGUUCAUGAGAAUGAAAAUAUAUCGAAAUCUAUUUUGAAUGAACCUGUAUUCGAGAAAGACAAUCUUGAUAAGGAAAUAAAUGAUAAUGAAGAAAUAAAAUUAUCUCUGGAAUAUAGUGAUGAAGAGCCUAUGGAGCAAGAAAACGAGAAUUUAAAUGAAAAUAUUCAAGGUAACAAUAAAGUAGACAGUGAUAACGUGGCUAAUACUCAAGAGAUUCAUGAUCAAAAUAUGGACAAAAAAAUAAUACAUGAACCGGCAGACAUUAACAACAGCAAACAAGAAGACAAUGAAGAGGAGAGUCCUGAAGUUCAAAACGAAAAUCAUAACAGUGAUGAUGAAAAGCUGGAGUCUGAAGUUGAUGAAGAAGAAGAUACAGAGAAAACUGAAGAAAUGGAUGAAGAAAAUGAAAAUCAAGAAAUAGAACUUGAUGAACCGGCGGAAAAAGAUAAUGCAAUAAUUGAUGAAGAAAAUGCCAGUCAGGAAAUUGAAUCUGAGGAAGAUAAUGAAGAAGAUGGAAACGAAGAAGUCAAUAGCGAAGAUGAAGAAGACAUUGAAGUGGAAGAAGAAAAUGAAAGUCAACAAGAUGCCAGUCAAGAACUCGAAGAAAGUCACGAAGAGGUUAUUGAAGAAGACGCAGCAUCUGACAAUGAAGAAAACGAAAGCCAAGAAAUAAUCAACGACAGUGUUAACGAUGGAGAUGAUGCAGCAGAUGAAAGCGACGACCAAAAUGGUGAAACGAAUGACGCAGAAAAUGACAUAAGUGGCAUCGAAAAGGAGACGCCUAACGUAACACAUGAUACUACUGGCAGGAAUAGAAAGAAGAAUGAAAGCGAUGUUAAAUCCCCUGAGGUUGUUUUGAGGAAUGAUGAAAAUGUUGCAGAGUCAUUCACACCUAAGGGUCGCAACACGAGUAUUAGAAGAACCACUAUGCUGAAAAGUCUAAAUAUAAGGCCUAGUUUAGCACCGCCUAGAGAAAGUACAGGUAUUUCAGAUGGAACUACAAAUUCUAGUGCAGAAGGUUCAGGCUGGGACUCUCACAGGACGACAAGAAAAACUUUGAGGCAAACUUUCGGUCGUGAUUUUACUCCAAGGAAAUCUUUACGCGCUUUGGUCAUGGAGAAAUCUGCGAAACGACACACUGCUUUUAAUGACAUAAAUGACGUUGAUAUGCCAAGAGCGAAUUCCACUGAGCUGCCGGAAGCUAGCAAUGUUGAUGAGACAGUGGAAGAUCCUCACGAAAUAUCAAAGAGGACGCGGCAGACGACGCUCGAGAUGUAUUUGCAGAAGAUCAAAAAACAGAACAUGGAAAAGAAGAAGAAACUGGAAGAAGAAGUGAGGAAUUCCCUCACAGCACCUUCAAAGGAUAUCCUGAAUCCAUUCAAAGUACCGUCUCGACCAUUCGUCCUCAAACGCGCCAAGCCAGCGCAAAGCAAACCGAAGACAAAGGCCAUAAAAUCUACGAUUCCUAUAGAAAACCUACCACAGGACCUUCUGGAAGAUAUGAUGUAUAAACCGCCGAAGCGAUUCCAGCCUAGUAACGCCUCGUGGAUUACAAAAAGGCUUUACAAGUUUUUGGAAACCAAAUUGGAGCCCAAAUACGACUACAAAGCGCGCGUGCGCGCAGAGAAGCUAGUAGAAACGAUAUACAGCUUCGUGAAAGAUCUGCGUCGACACGACGUCGCCCCGAGCGACGCCGUCGACGCGCUCAAGCGGGAGCUGGCGCGGCUGUGUGUGGUCGAAACGCACUUCGACUUCUACCAGUUCUUCCACGACUAUUUGCCCCGGGAGGUUAGAGUUAAGGUUGUCCCGGACGUGGUCAACAAGCUGCCGCUGCCUCGCCACGGGGUGUUCGCUGACAUCCUGCGGGGCAACACCGUGCAGGGAUGAUUAUUUACUCUACUAAGGUUAAUAAGGUUAUCAAGUGCUCUAUUCAUUUUAUUUUAAUUAAAUGAUUUUACCUCA